CUAGGCUACACAGCGUGAGGGAGCGUGACAAUGUUGGAGUUGUUGAUGGAGGCGCUGAACAGAGAUGGCAUUGGCCAUACGUAGUCUGUUAUUCACGAGUAAAUGUCUUUGCGGUUCUUUAAGGUUGCAUCCAUUUAUACUGAACAAUAACAGGUUCUCAGCUUGUCUCCUUAACACUGCAGCCGAGCAGCAUAAUGCAGGGGAUAACUUCCAUGGUGAUGAUACUAAUGAAGAUGAGAGCCAUUCUGUCACCCAUGUCAGAACUGUGGAGAUGAGGGCGAGCAAACUAGAAGAACAAGUUCGGGACCUCACGGAAAGAUUUAAACGUGGCCAGGCAGAUUCUGAAAAUGUACGCAGAAGAACUCAGAAGUUUGUUGAGGAUGCAAAACUUUUUGGGAUUCAGAGCUUUUGCCGUGACUUGGUGGAAAUAGCAGACCUCCUCGACAAACAGACGGCUGCAUUGACAGAAGAAUCAGAGGUCAAAAGACACUCACAGGGGUUGAAACAGGUGCAGGAGAGAUUGCAGGAGGUCUUUACUAAACAUGGGCUGGAGAAAAUGAAUCCAGUGGGAGGCACAUAUGAUCCGUACCAGCAUGAGAUAGUGUGUCACAUGUCAGCUGAGGGGGUAGAGCCUGGCACCAUCACAGUGGUGAAGCAAAAUGGCUACACCCUGCAUGGGCGCACUAUUCGACAUGCACACGUAUGUAUUGCUGUGAAGAGACACAAAUAGUCUACAGAGAUUUCACAUAUGCCAGGGAGACUGGGAAAAGAUGCAGCACUAUGCCACCUUUUUUCAACUGGAUUGAUCACAUGAAUCAUUGGAAAGCACAUUUCUUUAUACUUACUAGUCGUUUUAUUUUUUUAUUUUAUCCCCUUAAUGAAUAUGUUUUUAAUUUUAAAUUCUGGUAUGUCUUACCUACAAUGUUUUGUUGUUGUAAGUGUGAUGUUUUGUGUGGAUACAAAAAAUCAUUUGUUUAUUUCAUUUGAAGGCAUUGUUGUCACCAGUUCUUCAAGAGUCCAAAGACAAUAGAAAAGGCCUAAUUUCCUUAGAGCCUCAGCUGUCCAGAAUGGGCUGUCUAUCUAAUCUAAUAGAUGUUUUUCAUUUCAUUUUUAAAAUGAGAUUAAAGAUUCAAUUAGAUAAUUUAAGUUUACAGUGCAAAUAGGGAGAUCAGUUGAAAUGUGAGAAUACAUAUGCUAGUAAGUAGAUCUUUUUUUACUUAGGCCUAUUACUUCUGUUCAAGUUUUAACAGAAUUUGUUCCUGUUAUCUCCUUUUUUUCUCAUUUGUAUGUUUUAUAGACUUCACAGAUUACUUCUUGUGCAGCUUAAGUCUGUUCACAGUCAAGAAUCCAUCCGUCAAGAGAAUUUUUCAUAACCAUUAUUACUCAAAAUACAGCACAAAUGUUUAGACCGUAUUGCCUUACUGAAAUAGACAUGUUUUUACAAGGUCAUUCACCAGGUGAUAGCAACUGGGGAUGACUCAUACAUUUAUCUGUCCUUCACAUAAAUCAAAAUUAAGCAAAAUUAAUUUAAAGAUGAUAGCAAAGCAGUUGUCUAUUAAAAAAUAAAGUUGUCGUAUAAAAUAAUAAAUUGUUGCGUACUGGUGUUGCUUUAAACAAGUCGUCCACCAGAGGGUAGUGUGCCAUCAAAUACUGUUGGGAGAGUAUCUCCACAGAGUGAAUUUGAGAGCAUAAUGCAGUAUAGUGCAGUAGGUCUAUUUAAAAGUAAUGCUAGUUGUGAUUUAAGAUGUUUAUUAAGGCUCCAAACCUCAGUUCUCUGAAGCUCUCAGGAUGUCCACUAGAGAUUACUUGGAUUGAUCUUCAGGUCUCAAGGUUUGAUGCUUCUCUCUUGUUUGUGGAGGAAACAAGCUGCAUGUUAGCUGUUGAAACUAAUAAACAGACCCCACUUUCUCUCAUCUUUAACCAGGCCCAGAUUCUAGUCACUUGUUUUCUCUCUGUUGACAUUUAAAAUAUUUUAUGUGAAAUGGCCACCAAUAAUCAAGCUCCCUGGCUGUUUGUUGUGUUUUAGCUUGUAUUUUCCCAAGUCAUAUAAAGGCAACAGUGAGAGAUGUGUUUCAAUCUGUUGCAUCGCCCUAACCAGAGGACACUGCAGUAACCGUUGGAAAUGUGCUAUCAAAUUCUUUCUUGGAAUAUUUCCUUGAAAUGUUCAUUGGAUUAGCAUCAUAGUAACUGCAGACCCUGGAGCAAUAUUCAUUUGGAUGGACAUGAUUAAUUGCUGCUUUUGUGCUUUAUUUGGAUCAUUUUCUUUUUUGUCUGGAUUCAUUCUCUCACAAAGUGACAAACAUACUGUGUGUCUAAAGCCAGGAUUUCCAUUCAAUUUGGCCUAGUUUUUUUGGAGAAGACAAACACAAUUUGGAAGAGAGUGUUGGUAUGAAAGUCUUAAAUUGUAAAUUGAUGAGAACACUUGCAGUUUGUUAUUCUGACGAUUUCUGAAUAUUUUGUGAAAUUCUUGACAAAAUGACAAAAAUGUAUUAGGUAUUUUUGUAAUUGUUUUUAUGGUUGUUGUGAUUGUUAAAGAUAUCAUUCUUUACAAACUGUAUGUGAAUUUUGCAUAAAGAGGAAACUGAGAAGUA